AUGUUCUCAGCUCGCAACACCGAUACCCCAAAUCCAUUUCGACCCGCGCUCCAAUACCUUAUCAAUACUGCGAAUUCUAAUCUACCGCGAACUCGGUCGAAUCAUCGAAAAAGAUAUUCAAUUAGUAGUUUGGACUCAGAUGGGGAGAGCGGUGAUAAGAUGUCUUCCCGAAAUGCAACGACCUCAUCUGAACUUCACCCAUCCAUCCCACUCAUAAAUAUAUCUAGAAGUCCUUCCCCUUAUCGCCCAAAAGCUGCUUCGGGUCCCGACCCGACAUCAGAAAGCGACGAAGAAUACGAUAAUUGGGGCACAUCAUCCAGGCGACCUAUUCUUUCCGGGGUAGAACCAAAAUACAUAGGUUGGCGAUAUGCGCUCUACAGUGGAGGACUGGGUCAAUUUCUCUUCAACACAACAUUAGGCUGGCGGUUUUAUGUCGGAGUUCUGGUAUUUUGGUUAGGGGGCUGUGGCAUAGGUCUGACUGUCAUGAACAGAAUAGUUCUUUGGACCGGAGUUUAUAAGUUUCCCUGGCCUUUAACGACUACAUUUAUCGAAUUAUUGAUUACCCACGGAUUUUUAUGGCUUUCGGCAUUCCUUACAAGAUUAGCAAGUCCAGUGUGCAUCACUGCUGGGGUGUCGAGUGCGGUUGCGCCAAGUACACCUUUACAUAAUUCAAACUUACCUGGGUUUAGAGGAGAGGGAAAGAAACAUGGAUUACUUUCGACUCUGGGAAGGUUGUCAUUUGCAAGUUCCGGAGGUAUUGCUGGUGGUGGGCUGUUCGAAUUUGACUAUGCUGUCGCUCGGCAAGUCUUGCCCCUCGCCAUUAUCUUUGUGGUGAAACUUAUACUGAGCAAUAUCUCUUUCGCUUACGCCGAACUUUCUAUAUAUGUCAUGGCUAGGAUUGGAAUCAUUCCAUUUUCUCUACUAUUCACUGCGAUCCUUGGGCAACAGCAGCAUUCUGCAUCCACUAUUUCAUCAGCGUUGAUUGCUACUCUCUUUCUGCUACUAGGCACGAUGAAGGCUGGCCUUCGUGCUCCAUGGGAAAGUAUAGUUGCUGGAGUCUUCUCGUCCAUUUUUGUCGCGUUAUAUCCUGUUCAGAUUCAACGUACAUAUAAAGCGCUGGUCGCUCAACUUGUCCCUCAAGGCGACCUCAUAGGUGGUUUCGCUUCCAGUAACGGCCCAUCUGAUUUCUCUGGUUCCCGCGAAGAAAAUCGAGCAUACUGGCGUCUGCUACACUAUACUUCCCUUCUCUCCAUCCUCAUUUUCAUCCCUAUUCUCCUCUUAUCUGGUGAACUGCCAGAUGUCUAUCGCAAUUGCUAUUUCCUGGAUGUAUUCUUUCAUUGGUUGAUGGUUCUUUGUGGCGGCACUGGAUCAUGGGCAGUAUUCUGGUGCACAAUUGCAUUGACUAGAGCAACUGGUCCCCUUACGACAAGCUUUUUGUUUGUGCCAAGAGCUGCAUUCUUACUACCAAUUAUGGCCGGUUUCAAGCUGCCAGCUUCCAAUUGGAUUGGUUUUGGUAUGUGUUGGGCUAGUUGUGCUUGGUUUCUAAUCGGGCGGGUGAGAGAAGGAAGACCCAUUGAAAGAUUGAGGUGA